AUGACCGCAGAGACCAAUGGCAGCAGCAAGCCCGAAACUGUGAUCCGGGCAGCAACAGCCGAUGACGCAGACGCCGUCUCCGCAGUCGGCGGCGCGGCCUUCAUCGUCGGCCAUGCUUGCGCGUUGGACGACGCCCAUGCCUACAUCGACAAGCACUUCACUCCGGAAGCGAUGCGUGUAGCCAUUUCCGCGCCCAAGUCGGUCUGGCGCGUCGCCGAGUCGCCGCCAGGCAACGUCGUGGCCUUUGCCUGCCUGUCCCUCAAGGACGCCGAUUCCGAGUCGUAUCCAGGCCUGGCGCACCUCUCGUCCACCCAGCUUGUCGAGCUGCAGCGCGUGUAUGCCCAUCCGUCCUGCCACGGGACAGGGGUCGCGCGCGCGUUGGUGGAGGCCACGCUCGAGACCGCCCGCGGAAUGGGAUACACGUACGCGUGGCUCGGCGUCUGGGAGCGUAACCCCCGUGCAGCGGCGUUCUACAGCAAGCUCGGGUUCCGACAUGUGGGCGAGAAGAAGGAGUGGGUGGGUACAGACCACCAUACCGACCUCAUCCUGCUUGCUGAGCUGUAA